UCCCUUGGCAUCAGUCGCACGACGGUAUUCGUAUUGUAAGGACUGACAAUAACAAAAAGGAAGCUUAAAAGGAGCAUCGAGCACCGGUGGAACAACUUUAUGAUCUUCAAGAAGAUUACAAUAAAAUAACAGAAGAAUAUAGACGCUACAAGUAAUACAGAAUUCUGACAAAACGACUGAAGGAUGCUGGUUGUCUUCUUUAAGUUCACAAUAAAUGAGAAAUUACAUUACAAAUAAUAAACGCUUGUUCGGACCAAUUAAACAAUUAUUAUAUAACAUCGUUGUAUUGAUGUUAGCUUACAGUUAUACAAGUAUAUGAACAUACCUGGUGAUGAUCAUGAUGAUGACGAUGAUGAUGAUCAAUCACACUUUUGCUGCAUGUCGACAAGGAAAUAACCUGGAAGCGAAUCAAUUGCCUUUGACGAUUUUAGUCGACUUUCCAAGAAUGGAACAGAAAAGAACUGCAAACAUAAUGGUUGCAUACACUGUGGCGUACUUCCACGCGUAUAUUCAUAAGCCUUGAAGAGCGGGAGAAAAGUACAAUCAAGCAUCUGACAGUUCUGAUGUUAUCUAUUUACGCGAGGAAAUCCAUACCUACCGAAAAGGUUAGAUCUAGGUAUGGGCAAGACUACGAGGGUAGUCGUCUGCGGGAUGAAAGGCGUCGGUAAGACUGCUUUGUUGGAGCAGCUCGUAUACGGAAACAUCGACGUGAAAACGGAAAUUCAUCCCACAAUUGAAGACAUUUACGUUGCCAACAUUGAGACUGAUCGGGGCACAAAGGAGAAAGUUAGAUUCUACGACACGGCCGGGCUUGAAUCAUUGCAAAGCAAUGUAAAUAAUCAGCAGCUUCCUCGACACUAUCUUGGUUUCGCUGACGGUUAUGUUUUAGUAUACGAUACUGGUAAGCCUGAAUCUCUUGACGUUCUUUUUCCCUUAAAGAAAGAUAUUGAUAAGAAUAAGGAUAAGAAAGAAAUUACUGUGAUUGUGAUUGGUAAUCGGACAAAAACCGAUACCGUAUUGAAUAACUUAGAGAAUACUGCGAGCAAAGCGACUAAUUGGUGUACUAGAGAAAAGAUCAAACAUUAUGAAGUGAAUGUCAUGGAUAGAUCUAGCUUGUUUGAAGCGUUUGUGCAUUUAUCAUCUAAAUUGAAUCCCCCCACUAAUAAAAGUACAUUCCCACAAUUAAGUAUGGGUAGGAAAACUAUCAAGACAGAGGCACAAUAAGGUUUAUUUAAAAUCUUGAUAGAAUUACAUGAAUAAAAAUUUAUACAGAUGCAAUAUAAAGAGCAUCCUGAAUUCUGAAUGUUGCAUUCAGGUCUAAUUUAUUAGAUAAUGGCUAUGCCAUUCUAUCAAUACAGAUGUGCUCUGAGAUCUCAAUAACAAUAUAUACACACAGUAUGUAUUUUUCUGUUAAUUUUGGGCAUAUAUGUGAUAGUAAGCUCAAAACGAGAUAAACGGAUUUGUAACCGUUGGAUACUAUGAAGUAUGUACUUAAAACAUUAACAGCUUUGAUGGUGCAAAGCUGAUAGCAUUUAUUUAACUGAUAAAUUUAAGUUUACAGCAUUUACUUAACUAAUGAGUCUCUCUAAACUUAUGUACUUAAGUUGCUCUAUAGAGCUGAAACUAUGGUUAAACUUAUAUAGAAUUAUACGCAAUUAUUUUAAAAAAUAAUCUUUACUUAUUACAAGUGCAGUUGUGAUUAUAUCAAUAAUCAUUAUUUAUGCGAUAAAAAUGUUAGAAAAAAACAUUGUUAAUAAAUAUGAACGUUAUCGUA